AGCUCGAAACUACCGAUACCGAUAUUUCGCAUUCGUUUUUUGACCGUGUAUAGUCAAAGUCGACCCGCGACGACGACGACGACUACUACGACAAUUCCACUCUCGAUUUCGUUUACCGACCAUGUCGACUUUAACGCGCACAAACAGCCACGGUAAUACGAGAAAACCCCAAUACAAGGACUACGUGUCCUUCUUGGGCAGCUACGCGAAGAAAGAUGAUCAAAAAAGUGUCACCCAUUCGGACAGCGGAGUCAAUUUCAGCCUAAAUGGCUCCACGAACAAUUCUUCCAAUAGUGUUUUUUCGGAUGUCAGCGAAUCUUCUACUACUAAAGCUUCUUCUGGUAAACCUAAAGUAAAAACUGAGAUGUUUAUCCAGAUCAAAGAUCCAGCUGAACCUCAGCACUACGCGACCCAAACUUUCCAUAUUAAAAAGGUGAAAACCCCUGAGGAGUCCACCUUAACAGUCAGCGAAGCUUUUAAGAUAUUUGAGAAAAAAGACGAAGUUGAUCAUAAAACUACAGCGAGCACAACAAAGAAAAGCUCAAUCGAAGAACUGUCCAGAAAGUUCGAGCCUAAAACUGUUCAGACAGACAGUGGGAAACCACCGGCCCGAAGAGCCCAAAGCAUCGGCGAAGUCUCCAAGAUAUUCGAAAACAACACCCUCCACAAACCGAAAAACUUCAACACAGUCCCCAAACCAUUCCAAGCACCAAAACCGGCAAUUUUAUCCCCAAAACCAACAAUUACUGCCCCAAUGUUUCCCAAAUUCGUCCCGGAACCUCCAGCAUCUUAUGCAGACAGUGUCGAUUCAGCUCUGUCUUCUUUAUCCAUGUCUCCAUCGCCUCCGCAGUGUGCCAGUCCACCUCCUUUAUCACCUCCUCCACCACCUCCACCGUUACCUCCUGUAAAUGUUGUUGUUAAGUCACCUCCAAGUCCUCCAAAGCUACCACCACAACCUCUAGCAAGUGUUACAAAGGUACCUGCUCAAGGUAUACCUGUGCAGAGCAACGGUACCAUCGAUAGGAACGAUCCUAGGGUGAAAAAAGCGGUUUAUGGGGCUCUAAGGAGUAUGUAUGGGAACUACCAUGACCAGGCGAAUGAUUACUUGUCUACCUUACCGAAGAACAGGGUUAGGAAGGACAAUCGGUUGGAUAGCAUUAUUGACAGUAUUGCAUCUCAAGGUGGUCUGGGCAAACUAAAUGGUAGAGUAAACCCCAACCCGGAAGCAGAGUAAAAACAGUAUAUAUAUAUCCUAAUACGUUCCUCAGUACUAAAGUGCCUUUUAAAUAGGGUGUAUAUGCAACUGUAAUUGUUGUAAAAAAAAUAAGCGGAUAUUUAUUGGAUAGUUUUAAAUUUUAAUUUUAAAUACCACUUGAGUAGCUUCGCUAUAAAAAUGUUUAUUGUGUAAAUCUGGCAGGAUGGUGUUUUUUUUUUGUUAAAUUGGCGUUUUUUAUUUUGUAUUUUCUAUGAAAGUACUGCUGACAUGAAGUUUAAUUUUUAAUAGUUAUUAAUAUGUGAGUCUAAACUAAGUAGUUUAGGUACCAUAGUGAUUUUUUUAUACCUAUUAUGACUGUCGCUUUGGCUUUUUAUUGUAAAAGUAGUUAACAUAUUUAUAUGCUCCUGCCCUUACACGACACUACUUUAAGACUGUAUAUUUUUUUUUGUUAUUUUUUAGUAUUUGUUUUAAAUAAAUUACUUUAUAUUAGA